AUGUCUUUAUUAUUAAAAAUUAUAUUUAUUUUUAGUUUGGUUAUUUGUGGAACUGAAUCAUCUUUGUCAACAUCCCAAAUAAAUAUUAUUAAUCAAAUUCAUAAUCAAUGGAGGAAGUACCCAACACCAACUCCACUAAACACACUCAGACCACUUAAGUGGAAUACAACAAUGGAGAAUACACUUCAAUCUUUUGUCAACCGUUGUACUGGUCAACAAAGUAACGAGGCACUAUUCCAAAUCAAUAGUGAAUGGAGAUAUUCAACCACUGGAUCCGAUGUCAAUGUUCCAGAUGUACUUAAUAGUGUUUAUAAUACUAAUUCAAACUUUGAUUGGAGUACUUCGGCUUGCAAACCUGGAAAGAGUUGUCUUUAUACAAGUGCUGUGUGGGAGAGGAGUACUGAUUAUGCUUGUGCCUCAUCGAGAUGUGGAGGACUGAACUAUAUCUAUUGUUCAUAUUAUCCAGCUUCAUAUCCAGGCGUAAGACCAUACACUCCUCAAUCAAAUACUGGUCCAACUCAAUCUCCAACACCAACUCAAACACCUACACAAACAUCAGCUCCUGUGACUGGUCCAGUGAAGGGUCCAUCUGGCUCCAUUGAUUGGACUGGCAUGAUGACAUCCGUCAAGUUCCAAGGUACUUGUGGAAGUUGUUAUAUCUUCAGUGCUAUUGCCAACCUUGAAGCACAUGCUGUGAUCAAGAAGGGCGCAAACAAGAAUACACUUGACCUGUCCGAGCAAUACUGUCUGAACUGCAUCUCCAAUGGAUGCGGAGGUGGUUGGUUCGGAUUGGUGUGGCAGAACUUCAGGUCGUUGCCACUAGAGAGCUCGAUGAUCUAUCAAGGUCGAGUCAGUUCGUGUCAAGAUCCAAUGGCUGCCACUCCCAACAACAAGUUCCAAUUCACCGGAUCUCAAUUCCUGAGAGACACCAGUGUACAGAGUUUGAUCGAUGCACUUCAGAAUGGACCUGUAUCAGUUGGUAUGAUGGCAGACACAUCAUUGGAGAACUACAAGGGUGGUAUCUACUCUUGUAACACUAGAUACACUUCACAGAACCAUGCUGUACUGGUAGUUGGUUACAAUGCUCAAGGAAACUAUUGGAUAAUCAAGAAUUCAUGGGGACCUGGAUGGGGAGAAGGUGGAUUCUUUAGACUGACCAACAACAAUGACAACUGUUUCAUGAGAGGAUACCUUGGUGGAUAUCCAUUA